AUGGUUUUUUCAGAAUCAAUUAUCAGUCCAUGUUUCCCUGAAGAAAAUUGGGUGGUGGAAAUAAAGGACAUCCUGGAGAACAACGGAGAAGCUAAAGAAGUUGUUGUGUCUGUCUUCGAAGUGCCUGAACAGCUACGUGCUGCCAAUCCUGUAGCUUAUGCUCCACAGCUGUUAGCCUUUGGACCGUAUCACCAUUUCCGGCCUAAGCUCUAUCAGAUGCAGAGGUUCAAAGUAGCUGCGGCGGUGAAAGCAGAAAAGGAUUGGCUUGUUGUUGAUUUUCAACAGCUGGUUGCUCAAAUUGAAGGACUGGAGUUUCUUAUCCGGACCUGUUACCAAAGACAUUUAAACAUCCACGCCGAUACUUUGGCAUGGGUAUUGGCCAUUGAUGGUUUGUCCCUGCUCAAAGUGCUUCAUUCUGCCCUAUAUUACUACAAAAACCUGCCUGGUUCAUUCGGGAAGAACCCUUUUGCUGAAUUUUCAAAAAGGACUCCAGACCUUGAUAUGAUCCUCAGAGAUAUGCUAAUGCUUGAGAACCAAAUUCCAAUGAUAGUGUUGAAAGCAAUAGCAGAAAAGAGGCCUGGGUCUGAUAACCUCCUGCUUUUGGUUGACUUUUGUGAGACUCUCUCUCCGCUUCAAUUAACCUUCAAACCUUCAGCUUCAGAAGUCGUCAAGCAUAAGCAUUUGUUAGAUCUCUUCUACCAAAUGAUCAUUUGUCCCAAAGAAGUCAUAAACACUUCUUUCAAGGAAGAGAAAGAGGAUGAGCUGCAGGAUUCAACAAUGGAGAUCACUAGUAACCCGGAUUGUAAUGUCUUCAAGAAGCUCCUAGCUACGUUAUCUAAGCUACAAUUCCGCUUCGCAGCACUUCCUGAAAAGCUCAUGACAUUACUUCUCAGUUCGCUUGAACUACUUGGAAUAACCCCUCACGAUUUUUUCGAUAAGGACAGAUCUUGGAUUCCCACAGCCUCACAGCUAAAUGAUGCAGGAUUGAAAUUCUCCACCUGUGAAAGCAUCAAUCACAUCAAAUACGACAACCAAACUCUCUACCUUCCUGUCAUCACUUUGAACUCAGCGCCUGACCCAGAAAACAUUCUCAGCUCGAAGCUUACUUCAGAAGUGAUACUGAGAAACCUAGUGGCAUAUGAGAGCCUGUCAAAGGAUAAAUCAGAGUCCUUGCCUUUCACUCGAUACACCCAAUUAAUGAAUGGGAUCAUAGACAAUGAUGAGGAUGUGAAUUUGCUGAAGAAAGCAAACGUUAUCAAAGGUGAUUUGAACAGAGUCGAGAUUGCCGGACUGUUUAAUGGGUUGAGUGAAUCCAUCGAGCCAAAAGACAGGGACAUAAACAUAGAUGAAGCUAUUACAAAAGUCAACCGAUACUAUGAUAACACACUGAGAGUGAAGACAAACAAAAUCCUGAAGAAGUACAUAUAUUCCUCCUGGAGGUUUCUCACUUUUCUCGCCUCCUUCUUGCUCUUGGCUCUGCUUGCUCUGGAAACAUUCUGUGACUUCUACACCUGUCGGGUUAUGAGGUUUAAGGCAGCCUGA